AUGGACGACCUCUACGACGAGUUUGGUAAUUACAUUGGGGAGCCGGAAGAGAGUGAGGACGACGUCGACGCCGGCGCAGACAAUGGCGCGCAAUACCUCGACGACGAUGAGGACGAGCCACCGGCGACAACUGGCCAGGAGCUGAUGGAAAUUGACGACGAGGGGCCAUCGAACGCCGUCGUGCUGCACGAAGACAAGCAGUACUAUCCCUCGGCCUCGCAAAUCUAUGGGCCCGAUGUCGAGACUUUGGUGCAGGAAGAAGAUACGCAGACGCUGCAGCAGCCGAUUGUUGCGCCGGUUGAAAAGCAAAAGUUCACAAUCGAGGAGACGGACCUACCGCACGUCUACUUCGAUCGAGGAUUCAUGACGGAUCUGAUGAGCUUUCCCGAACAGAUACGAAACAUCGCACUCUGUGGGCAUCUGCAUCAUGGAAAGACCAGUAUCAUGGACAUGUUGGUGACUCAGACGCACGAUCUAUCCAAAUUUAUGGAAGGCAAGACCGGAAAGGCUCGUGACGAGACGAUCAAAUACACCGAUACGCACAUACUGGAACGAGAACGAGGUCUGUCUGUCAAGGCCAGCCCGAUGAGCUUGUUGUUACAAGGAACCAAGGGGAAAAGCCAUCUCUUGAAUAUCAUCGACACUCCCGGGCACGUCAACUUCGCCGAUGAGGUUGCAGCAUCCCUGCGAUUGGUCGAUGGUGUCGUUCUGGUGGUGGACGUGGUCGAGGGUGUGCAGGUGCAAACAGAACUGGCCAUCAAACAUGCAGUACUCGCCGGACUGCCACUCGUACUUAUGAUCAACAAAGUGGACAGGCUGAUGCUGGAGCUGAAAUUACCUCCCAAUGAUGCAUACUUCAAGCUCAAGCAUGUUGUAGAAGAGGUCAACACGUUCAUCGAAAACACCAUUCCCGGACAAGGCGAAAAGUUCCGAGUGAGCCCGGAAAAGGGAAAUGUCGCUUUCGCGUGCAGCAGCAUGGAGUGGUGCUUCACGUUACCCAGCUUCGCCACAAUGUAUGCCGAGAACUACCCCAGCGCAGAGUUCGACGUCCAAGAAUUCAGCAAGCGAUUAUGGGGAGACAUUUACUACAAUCCGGGCUCGCGGAAGUUCACUCGAAAGGGAGUCGAGGAUCGUUCGAAACGCAGUUUUGUGCACUUUGUGCUGGAGCCCAUAUACAAGUUGUACUCACAUACCUUAUCCGAGUCGCCUGCAGAUCUGAAAAAGACACUGGGAAGUCUCGGCAUCUCUCUUAAGCCCAGUCAGCUCAAGGCUAACGCCAAAGACCUGCUCAGAUUGGUGUGCGAACAAUUCUUUGGGCCUGCAACUGGUUUUGUCGAUAUGGUUGUACAGCAUAUUCCCUCGCCCGUGCAAGGUGCGAGGCAGAAGCUGGAGAAGUACUAUACGGGCCCCAUGGAUACCAAGACCGCUCAAUCGAUGCUUGAGUGCGAUGCAGAUGGCCCUCUUGUCGUGCACGUCACAAAGCUGUUCAACACGCAAGAUGCACAAGGCUUCCACAGCUUCGGGCGAGUCAUGAGCGGGACAGCGAGGCCUGGCCAGCAAGUGCGUGUUCUGGGCGAGAACUACAGUAUCGACGACGAGGAGGAUAUGGUGAAUGCGACUAUCGAGCAGGUCUGGAUAGCCGAGAGCAGAUACAACGUGCCUGUCUCAGGCAUGCCUGCUGGUAACUUUGUCUUGCUGGGCGGGAUUGACAACUCGAUCAUGAAGACCGCAACUGUGAUUGCGCCUAAGCUGCCUGAUGAAGAAGAAGCAUACAUUUUCAAACCAGUCGCACACUUCUUUGAGAGUGUCUUCAAGGUUGCUGUCGAGCCCAUCAACCCAUCGGAGCUUCCGAAGAUGCUUAACGGUCUGCGCCACAUCAACAAAUCGUACCCACUCAUCACGACCAAGGUCGAAGAGAGUGGUGAGCAUGUCGUUCUGGGCACCGGAGAGCUGUACAUGGAUUGCGUCCUUCACGACCUGCGAAAGCUUUACGCACAGAUGGAAAUCAAGAUCUCAGAUCCUGUCACAAGGUUCUGUGAGACUUGCGUCGAUCAAAGUGCCAUGAAAUGUUAUGCUUUGACACCAAACAAGAAGAACAAGCUGACCUUCGUCGCCGAGCCACUCGAUGAUGGCAUCGCAGAAGAUAUCGAGUCCGGCAAGGUCAGCAUCAAGGAUCCGGUCCGCAAAGUUGGAAAGUUCUUCGAAGAGAACUACGGCUACGAUAUCCUUGCUAGCCGUAACAUAUGGGCGUUUGGUCCUGACGACAUGGGUCCGAACAUACUACAGAACGAUACUCUCCCUUCGGACGUCGACCAGAAGCUUUUGCGAAGUGUGAAGGACACAAUCCGUCAAGGUUUCAGCUGGGGAACGAGGGAAGGUCCUCUGUGUGAGGAGCCUAUUCGGAACGUCAAAUUCAAGAUUACAGACGUCGAGCUCGCAUCAGAAGCCAUCUUCCGUGGAGGUGGUCAGAUUAUCCCUACCGCAAGACGAGCAUGCUAUUCGUCUUUCCUCAUGGCGGGACCCAGACUGAUGGAGCCAAUGUACUCGUGUACCAUGCUCGGGCCUGCCAACAGCGUCAGCUCGCUCUACACAGUUCUCGCCCGGAGAAGAGGGCACGUGUUGAGCGAUGCACCAAUCCCUGGAACUCCUCUGUAUAGUGUGCAGGGUCUGAUUCCUGUGAUUGACUCAUUCGGUUUCGAGACUGACCUGCGCAUUCACACCCAAGGUCAAGCUACUGUAUCGCUCGUGUUCGACCGAUGGCAGGUCGUGCCUGGCGACCCACUGGAUAAGAGUGUGAAGCUCCGACCACUGGAGCCAGCUAGCGCUCAAGCUACAGCUCGAGACUUUGUGCUCAAGACGAGGCGGAGAAAAGGGCUCAGCGAGGAUGUCACUGUUAGCAAAUAUGUGGAGCCGGAGAUCAUGAGGCAAUUGAGGGAAACCGGCAUGCUUGAUGGAGCUUGACGGAGCACGCAUGGUCACGAAGGCACAUUUCCCACACCGAGUUAGGAAGCAAGCGGGAGAUCCCCGGUCAUUGCCAUUGCAACAGGAAUUUCCGUAUUGUCCUGCAUUCCACGAGUACGCGGCUGCCUGGCUGCCCGUCGCUGCUGGUGAGCCAGUGUGAGAGUUUGCCAGUACUACACGCAUGGCCAGAUGUACCGCGCCAGAGAGAACUCUGUCAUAGUCUCCGGCUUUGAUGUGACGCUUCAUACGCGACACGCCGAUUGGAGUUGAGCCCACGUUAUAUGGAGUAAUUCGUGGUAGGCGACUGUAUAUACCCGGGCAAGGCACAUCCUACCGAACGAGCUGAGAGAAGACGACAGAGAUGCUCAAUAACACUGGCGGCGGCGAUUGGGUGCACUUGGGGGACUACACUUGUUACAAGUAGUACUCCGUUUAUCUUGUCACGGUAGUGACAGCAACAUUCCUCACCAGCUUCUCGCAAAGAAGAUACUGUACCAAAGGUCAUGUACCGUAGUGUAGCAGAAGUAGCUGCCUCAGGUUUCUAAACAUUAAAGGGCACCUUCCAAUAUGUACCUAGGUUAGGUACUUAUAGGUACCUGUAUUCCAACAUUCUUC